AUGUCGUCGUCAAUGAUGGAGGUGGAGCAGCCUGUGCACGAGGAGCCGAAUCCGGUGGAAAAAAAAGAGAGGAAGAAAGGUAAACACAACAAGCCGAAGCCAUGGGACGAUGACCCAAACAUCGACCGUUGGACAAUCGAGAAGUUCGAUCCGGCAUGGAAUCCGACCGGUAUGCUCGAAGUCAGCUCAUUCUCCACGCUAUUCCCUCAAUACAGAGAGAAGUAUCUUCAGGAUUCUUGGCCCAGAGUCGAAUCCGCUCUCAAAGAGUACGGCGUCGCCUGCAAACUCAACCUGGUUGAAGGUUCUAUGACUGUUUCGACGACGAGGAAGACAAGAGAUCCGUAUAUCAUUGUCAAAGCUAAGGAUUUGAUUAAGCUACUAGCGAGAAGUGUUCCUGCUCCUCAGGCAAUUAAGAUUCUGGAAGAUGAAAUGCAAUGUGAUAUCAUCAAGAUUGGAGGCUUGGUUCGGAAUAAGGAAAGAUUUGUGAAAAGAAGACAGCGGCUUGUGGGUCCUAAUUCUUCUACCUUGAAGGCGCUGGAAAUAUUGACCGACUGUUACAUUCUGGUUCAGGGAAGUACUGUAGCUGCAAUGGGUUCUUUUAAAGGUCUCAAACAAGUGAGAAGGAUUGUGGAAGAGUGCUUAAAGAAUAAACUGCAUCCUGUAUACAAUAUAAAGAUUCUCAUGAUAAGAAACGAACUUGCAAAGGAUCCAGCGCUUGCAAAUGAAUCCUGGGAUAAGCAUCUUCCGAAAUACAAGCCUAAAAAUGUUCAGCAGAAGAAGCCGAAAGAGAAGAAGUCCAAAAGCGAGGAGAAGAAGUCAGACUCGCUGUUCCCUCUACCUCAAAAGCCUAGCAAGGCACGUGAGGAUUUGGAAUUGGAGUCUGGAGAAUACCACCGUAGUGAGCAAAAGAAGAAAGAUGCGCGGUGGAAGAAGAAGCUAGAGAAACAGGCAGAGAAGAGUAGAGAGAACGAAAUAAACAGAGCAGCCUCAUAUAUCCCACCUGAGGAACCUAUGCAGAACGGCAACAACUCAAACAGAUCUGAGGAGGGCAAGGAAGAUGUAACCGAGUUAGCAGAAUCCUUGAAGAGCAAGACAAAAGCGUUGAAGAAGGAGAAGAAGAGACGCGAGAGAGUGGAUGCAAAUGAGUUUAUUGCUGUUGAUACUGGUGAUAAAUCUUCCAAGAAGAAAUCCAAAGUUACUAGAGAUUAA